GCUUUGGCUUUUGAUCCAUCGUGCUGGCAGCUGAUUCUGACGCUUCAGAAAAUUGCCUUGGAGGAGUUGCCGAGAGGAUGGACUCUGCGGCCCUUCGGUUCUUUCAUUUCAGACACCGGCUUGGCACCUGCUAUCUUGGAUUUGGCGCUGGUCAAAAGAGAGCCUCCAGGCCUCGAGAUACCCCCAGCGGUCACGGGCAUAGUGAAUGAAUUCGUGCGCAUUUUGAGAUGCCGAGCUGGCGGAGCUGGACCCAGUUUGACUUUCUCUCAGGAUGCGAUAUCCCCCGGAUUCAGGCUGGUGGCCUCCAACUUUGGCGGUCCUCAUGGGGCAAGACAGGAGAUUGCGAUCUUUGAAGGGGAUGAGCACACGGGCGUCUUCGACUCGAUCUUACGGGACGCAUUGUCUUUGACGCCGCAUGCUCGACCAUUGAUCCGUCGAGUGAAGCUUUGGGUCCGGUGCCGCUGUCUCCACCUUCGAACAACAGGCCUCCACAACUGGACUUUGUUGGUCGUUUUCUUCCUGCAGCAGAAGCACAUGUUGCCUCCACUGCAGCAACUGCCAGGUUCGAGACCUGCAGACGAGUCGGUGCCCACGACAGAGAGGGAAAUUCGGCGCCUGCUGGGUGAGUUUGCGCAGUUCAGUGCUUCGUUGCUCUCAAGGCCACACCCCCGCAGCACCAUCAAUAUUUGGAUUGGCAAGCUGGUCGCUGCAGAGGUAGAGCAGUCUGCAGAAUGGUCCGUUCUGGACGAAAGAGUCGUCGUACAGGAGCUGAUGCAGCUACAUCACGCGGCUGCUGGCACUACUCCGCGUAGCCAGCCUUUCCAGCCGCUGCGAGGUCGUUUGCGCCAAGAUCAUGCCGCAGAAGGGCGCAUGGCCGUAUCGCAUUCGACACCGCCGCCGGUGUCUCGUCCACAAGGGCGGCUGUCCGCUGUCCAUCUUCGGCCUCUGCCGAAGCUGCCAGGAUCCUCUGGCGGAGAGCCAGAAGCUGGCUACAUGUCAGACUGUUUUCAGGCCGACACAGAGCCCACCGACCUUGGCGAUGCUCGCCUUGACGAUGCUCGCCCAGUGAGGUGGUACAUCGAUCAAAGCUGGACGGCUCAUAAGAGUCGGGGAGGUGCGGUGGUGUUUUCUGUGAAGCUUAACGAAGAGGCGGCUGGAGAGCUAACUCGUGAAGGAUGGGCCAAACGGUUCAAUCGUCGAGAGUACCAGAUCAGAAUCGGCAAGGCAACUCGUGAGUACCGGCGAUGGUCAGCCCAUGCUUUUCGGCACGGGCGGAGCCAGGACCAUCCGACGACCCCUCGAGCCGGAGAGCAGACCACGAAGAAAGACUUUGAGAUCCAGUAUGCCAGAUGGCGAGUGAAGCUGCACCAGCCUCCACGAUGA